GUUGCCAAAAUUGAAACUGAGCAAAAUGCUUAUUCAAAUGGUUGUGGCUGAAUUGGAGGCCAGGAAGCAGGUUCCUGCCUACAAUGGCCAAUCAAGGGGCAGUUUCACUUUUUCGGUACUAUAUGAGCGGCUGUCAAAGUAUGGAGACACAAAAUCCGCAAGAACUAUCAUGCUCGACGAGCUUAAGAAGCUAAUCGAGGCUAAUCCACUGUUUCGCGAAAACACCAACUUUGUAAAACUCCAAGGCCGAACCCGGAUAUCAAAACCCUCUUCGUGGAUCACUCAUGUGGCAGGCUGUGCUGAAACCCGGUGGCUUCCUCCUCUCGGUGCACAUGUGCCCUACCAGCCUGCUCCGGCACUUGUCCUGGCUUUUUUUGCUGGUUGGAUGUCUAAUCCGCCGACUAGAAGUCAUCCGGUGGUUUCUGGUGAGCCCAUUGUUCUUGGUGCUCCACCAAUUCCAGAAAAUAAUUCUGUGAAACUUGUAUUGCUUGUGGCGAAAAGGAGUUUUUUUGCCACUAUGGUGGUGGAUGCAGUCAUAGCCAUUGGAAAUGAUGAUAGAUUAAAUAUGGUUAGAAUAAAA